AACUGUCCUUUUCAUCCGCCAUUGUGUUUCCAACUACACAAAUUUGAAAAUGGCGAGGCAGGCCGGCGGAUUUCAAUAUAACGAGUAUCUAAGCAAAGCUGAAGAUGUAGCUGACCAAAUUCUCCGACAUGGUAAGCAUGUCCUGCCUCACGUGGCUCGUUUCUGCUUGAUUUCGACGUUCUUUGAAGAUGGUAUUAGAAUGUGGUUUCAAUGGGGCGAACAAAGAGAUUACAUCGAGCAGACAUGGAACUGUGGAAGUUUCCUCAGUGUUCUUUUCGUAUUGUUUAACCUUAUUGCACAACUUGGUGGAUGUAUUAUGAUCCUUAGCCGUCAAAAAGUCGAGAUAGCGGUCGGAGUGUUGUUCUCUGUAGUCUUAAUCCAGACUCUUGGCUAUAGCAUCCUUUGGGACUUCAAAUUUUUACUGAGAAACCUUGCUCUAUGCGGUGGACUGUUGCUGAUCUUGGCUGAAGCUCGCAGCGAACAAAAAAGUCUGUUUGCCGGAGUUCCUAGCGUUGGCGGAAAUACCACCAAAACAUACCUCCAAGUAACAGGACGUGUGUUGUUAGUUUUUAUGUUUGCUACCCURAUUAGAUUCCAGUUUGUGUUUUCUUAUGUCUUGUURGAUACGGUCGGUACUGUUCUUAUGAUAUUAGUAACCAUUGGUUUYAAAACUAAGUUGGCUUCAUUAGCCCUYGUGGUUCUKCUAUCUUGUCUCAACGUCUACUUAAAUCCAUUCUGGGUUUUCAAUGCAGAUUCGCCAAUGAGAGAUUUCUUAAAGUAUGAUUUUUUCCAGACAAUGUCGGUUAUUGGAGGCCUACUUCUUGUGGUUGCUUUAGGACCUGGAGGAGUUAGUGUUGAUGAUUAUAAAAAGAAGUGGUAAUAGGUGUCUAUGAUAGCAUUGGCUUUGUUUUAUAAUUAUCCAUAUCUCAAUUUCAAGCUUUUGCUUUAAUAAAUUUAAUAUUUUUUUUGCUUUGAGCACUAGUCUGGGAAACUAGGGACAGAAAGAUAACAACAAUAACAUCAAGCUUGUUUGGAUUGACUUUGUUAAACCCAAAAAUAUUGUAGCAAAAUAUUGUAUUUAGGUUUCUUUUAAGAGAAAAGCAACUUUUAAAGUACUUAAGACUUUCAAAUACUACAUGUACUUGUCAUAGAGUUUAAAGCUGUGUCAGAAUAUUCCAACAAGAUAUAUUUGUACAUGUAAGGAAAUUCAGUUAUCGUCCAGGAAUGAUGUUUUAAACAAUGUAAUGAUAUGUGUAAAACAAUAAAAAAAAUAUAUGUAGUGAACAACUUGAAAA